UGGUUUAAAACCUCCCUUUCCCCUUCCACGUGAUGCCAACCGUGCCUGUCCGGAGUUGUCUGUGCACACAUCCGGGGUGGCUCUUCCAUCGCCAGCGUCGUACCGCUCGGGUUCCUUUCCCGCCCUAUUCCCACCGUGCACGACUGUUCUAAAACUCGUCAAGGCCAGAUUUCCCUUCGGGUUAUAACCGCCGUUGUAGGCUACUCGCCCUCCUCCGCUGCUUCCUUUCCUCCAUGUCCCGGCCUUCUUGGCGUCAGCUUACCGCUCCUGCACGUCCGCGCACAGCCCGCGUACAGACCCUGUGGCAGCCAUCAUGGACAGGUACGUGUUCAGGUGCUCCGACGCGGGUGUGGACAAAGCGUCGAUCGUGUCGGGGAGCUGGCCUUGACAUGAGGAGGGACGAAGAUCUCAAUGACGCGCAUGGCGCAGAGCGUUGACGCAUUGUCCUCGACGGCAACGGACUCCGAUUCCACAAGGGUGCAGCACUCAAAACACGAGCAGAUCGCCAUGUCGAGCGUUGUGUAUGACGUAAGACUGCCGGGUGAGCAGGUUCUCGAGGUACGACAUGUCCUGGACUUCCCUGCGAAAGUCGAUAUCGAGAUCAAGGUCAAGGUCGCUGAACCGCUCGGUUCCAAUGAGAUCAAACCUCGCCACGACGCUACAGUGAGGCAGCUCGAGAAGCAGCACGGAGCACGAUAAGUAUGUGAGGAUGGAAACGCGUCUUGAAGAAUUGGGGAUGUAGGACCAUGCGUGGCAGAGGUAGCCUGCCGCUAGCUGGCCUACCGAGCUCCCUUCUUC